UAUAUUUCACGUUGCAGAAUGAGACCUGGAGGUUAACGGAGGCUUCAGCUUCUGCACAAAUAGCUCGGGUUCUGGGGGUCUACCCUGGGCUCCUUGAUAUGGUGUGAGGCCUCCCCUCUCCUUUCCAUUAAGGUGGUUGCUCCCACGCCACCCGGAAGUGCUUGUGGCCCGGUUCCGGGAGUGAGCUGGUGGCAGGACAUGGACGUGCCUGGCGGUGUCUGCAGCCGGAGCGGAGCACUUUCGUCUGCGGAUCCGGCUCCUGCCUCGGUGCCCCUGGCGGAGCUCCUGCAUCUGGUCCAGAAGGGCCAGGAGCUCCCAGGCCUGGAGAAACGCCACAUCACUGCGACCCACGGUGAACCCACGGUGUCUCUGCUCCCACGGAAGUCCAAGCCCUGGGAAGACGCGGGCUCAGCCGCCUUAUCCCGCACUGCCGCCCUAGACUCGAGGACGCAGCCUUCGACCAUCGAGGAGCCGGCCCGGGGCAGCCCAGCCGCCCAACUCCAUGGAGGCCCAAGGGAUUCCUGAGGCUCGAGGUGUUUCCGCAACUGAGAUCCGGAGGGCGUGACAGGAUCCUACACGAACUUGAGAGUCUGGACACAUGCCACCUUUACUCAUCUUUCUGCAUCUGCCACGAUCUGUCUCAAGCAGACCCAGUAUUCCUGGGGGAUUCAGUGUUGCCCAGUAAUUUUGGUUUUGGACGGUGAACCUCAACUUUAUACUGUGUUCUAGUCCAUUUGUGUAACUGAAACAAGUUUCCCUAGUCACAGUAACAGAGCACGACCUCCUGGGUCAGCUUAUUCUAAUAAUACUGAUAAAGUGAAACAUAUCUAAAAAGCGUUGGGGAUUUAGCUCAGUGGUAGAGCGCUUGCCUAGCAAGCACAAGGCCCUGGGUUCGGUCCCCAGCUCCGAAAAAAAGAAAAGAAAAAAAUAAAAAGCAUUUCUAAUUUUGCA